GCUUAGUACAGCUGCUCUUAUCUCUUCUUCCUCUCUCUUUCCCUGUGAGAUCUGACUGCUUUCACUUUGCGCUCUGGCCCCUCGCUGAAAGUGAAACUAUUCUCUCUCUGCCGCUUCCUGUGUUUUCUCAUUCAUUUCCCCUAAGGACAAGCUGCCAUCAGCCCGACAUUCAGGGUGUAUGAGACAGGAGAGCGGGCAGAGGAGAGGAGGAGAAGACAGGAUGGAGAGACCUCUCACAUAUCUCGCCCUGGUCCUGAUCCCAGCAGCUGCAGGGUUGUUUCGGGUAAACUCUGAAGAGAACUCCCUGGUGUCAGAAGUGGGAUCAGAUGUGCUAUUGCCUUGUACUGUGUCGCCGCCAUUGAGCGCUAAGGGGCUGGAGGUGCGCUGGUUCCACGAUCAGCUCCACAUUGUAGCCUUCUUGCUUAAAGAUGGACGUGAGGACCGACAGCAACAGAACGCAGAUUACCGUGGCAGAACUUUCCUGGAGGGGGGGCCUGACAGUGGAAACUUGUCACUUAUUCUGCGCAAGGUCCGUCUCUCCGACGCCGGGAGAUACCACUGCUUUGUAGAGAACAGCACGGCUGAAUUCUUUGAGGAAGCCAUCCUGGACCUUAAUGUCGUGGGCCUGGGAUCACCCCUGCUCAUAGCUGUUGGGCUACAUGACAGCGCUGUGGUUGUCUCCUGCUCCUCGUCUGGCUGGUUUCCGGAGCCCAGAACGGUCUGGAGAAGAAAGGAUGGAGAUGCGGUGCCGGCAGAUCUAGAGACACAGAAGGACCAUGCUAAUGGACUCUACACUGUACAGAGCAGAAUUCUGCUGAAUGCCUCCUCAGAAGACCAGGUCUACUGUGGACUGAGACAUGCCGUGACCGGGAAGGAGACUGGUCUCUAUGUCACAGUCUCAGAUGCCAUGUUUCCUCGUACCUCUUCCUGGGCGAUCGGCUUCUGGCUACUCUUUUGUGUCAUCAUCAUCGCCUCCCUAGUGGCGGUCUGGUUCUUCGUCUCAAAACGAAAGGAGAAAGUGAGACAACUGAUGAUAAAGGAUGACUGCAUCGAGCGCCUGAGACGUGAGAUUGAAUGGAGGAAAGUUUCUGUCAGAAAGGAAUCCAUGUUGUUUGAUCCCCUCACCGCUUACUGGGGCCUGGUGGUCUCUCCGGACGGCCGUAACAUUACAACCAGCGAUGUGGCUUAUCAUGAAUCCCAGUUGCCGGAGAGGUUUGACACGGAGCCUUGCGUACUUACUCAAGCCCCCAUUUCCUCAGGCAGCCACUACUGGGAGACCGAAAUCCGGGAGCAGAACGGAAAGUUCUGGUCGGUUGGUAUAGCCAAUCAGUCGGUGAGACGGACAGGGGGCCAGCGUGAGUGCCCCGAAUCUGGAAUAUGGGCCAUUAGGGCAACGGAUGAGGGUUAUUUGGCUCUCUCUGACCCUCAUGAGCCCAUCACGUUCUCCCAGUACUCCGUGCCGGGCGAGUCUAGCUUACUGAGUGACAGAGGAACGUAUGAGCCUAGGCGAAUACAGAGAGUGGGGACGUUUUUAGACUACGACAACGGAAAGGUCUCAUUCUACGACGUGGAAUCCUACGAUCACCUCUACACCUUCACCCAUGAAUUCUCUGAGCCAGUUUAUGGAUUUUAUUAUGUUGGUACCGGGAUCUCAUUACGUUUGUGAUAGUAGGAGGACUUGCAGCGGCUGGAUGCAUUAUUGCCAUCAUAUUGCCCAGGUUCAUUCUGAACUCCUGCUCGGUUCCGUCAGUGAAACACUUCUUCCCGUCAGAGGGUCUCACUCAUUGGGCCUGACUCCGAAUCGCACGCAGAAGCUGACGCUUAAUCGUCUUUUGCUGCAGUCAUGCCUGCAGCUUUACACAAUCCCCGUUACAAAGCCCUCCCCCUGCGUAUAUCCGUGCGUAUGAAUGGGAAUGAAGGACUUAGACACUGACUUGCAAAAUCUAUAGAUGCUCCUGUACUGUAUGGUGAGAUUAUACAAUGGCGGCAAUGAGCUGGCGAUACAGCACGGUGUCAGAAUGAGCUGGCGAUACAGCACGGUGUCGGAAUGAGCUGGCGAUACAGCACGGUGUCAACAUGAGCUGGCGAUACAGCACGGUGUCGGAAUGAGCUGGCGAUACAGCACGGUGUCGGCACUGAGCUGAUGUAAAAUUAUGAGAUUCGCAGGAGUAAAAGAUAGGAUAAUACAUACAAUAUAUAAUGUAUAAUCCAUGGCGUAACUAAGGGGGUCAUUCCGACCUGAUCGGUGCUGUGCGUUUUUGCACAGCAGCCGAUCAAGUCGGAACUGCGCAUGCACCGCAGCCCCUGCGACACGGCCAGCGACGACUAACUCCCUGCCAGCUGCAGGAGCUGCGCUGGCCGGGAGUUACUCUACAAGUACAAAAGCAUCGCCGCUGAGCGAUGCUUUUGGACUUGUUUGGGCGGGGCCGACCUGACAGGCGGGGCGUCCCCUUGCACAGCUACGAUCAGGUCGGAAUGACCCCCUGAAUACGGUCACUGUUUUUUAUAUUGUUGGCAUGUAAAACAACACAGUAUAUGACACUUGGUAUUUUCUAUUAUCGGUUAGAAAUACGGUAGCAGACGUCUGGUGUCAGCGGCACAUUACAGAAGUGUCACCUUUUGUGUUUAAUCAAAAGUAUCUCCCAUCUGCAUAUAUGUCUUUAUUACCCACUGUGACCCGUUCCCACCGCCCACACCAAAUGCCACCUGGUGCCCAAAUGGUUAAAAAAUCCCCUCACCUGACUUUCGUCUGCCGCAUCCUCCGUCUCUGCCGCUCUCCAGCAGUCAGAAAGGAUUUAUCCAGCGCACUAAAUAAUUCAGGGAGCCAGCAGGGUGCCCACAUACCAAGCCGAGAACAGCACUUAUAUAUGUAUACAGAAUGUGAUUAUUAUUAUUACUGCUGUUUAUUAGUCAGUGUCAUUGUGACAUUUGGAUGUUUGUGUUAAUACAUUAAGUGCAAAAACUGCUCUUACCUAAUAAAAGCAAUCUGUGCAAAACAGUUU